UUUUUUUUUGGGCAUCCAAACACAAGCUGCAUGUAUAGAAAACAUUGGUCCAGAUACAAAUUUAAAUAACAAACUGAUAUUGAGUCCAGAUCCAAGGCAUUAUAGUCUGGGUCAACUUACAUAAGCCUUCUUGGUUCCAUCGGGCCUGAUCAAAGUGUUUAACUUUCUUGGCCUUAAUGUCAUACAUCUUCUUCACGGCAUUUUUUAUCUUCUUCUUGUUGGCACGAAUGUCAACAAUGAAAACCAGGGUAUUAUUGUCCUCAAUCUUCUUCAUUGCAGACUUUGUAGUCAAUGGAUACUUGAGAAUCUGAUAAUGGUCCAACUUAUUUCUCAGUGGAGCACUAAUGCGGGAUAUUUGGGGUUCCUCUCCUUCUUCAAUGUCUUUGGUCGAUGAAUUAUGACAGUUGUCCUGAUCUUCUUAGCUUUCUUCUUAGAAACAGGGCCUGAUUUCACAGCCUUGGCAGCCUUAAAGGCUUGAGCCUUUGGAUCAGCCUUUUUUGCAACAUCAGAACACUGGGAGAGACAAGGAUAGCUGCAGCGGCCAUGGACUCGUAGAGAAGAAUCGACAUGAGAUUUACGACACGGGCUAAAAAACACUCACACAAGAAAACCCAAAAACCAGAACUACCAAAAGAGGCCCCAUGAAACCUGGCCUUGCUAAACCUCUGUGACCUCCAUUUUCUGAAGAGUCAGAAACCCAAUAAUGAAAACUAAGAAAGGAAACCUUUAAAAGAUGAAAUUGAUGAUGAAGAAGUUGAGAAGAUAGAAGAGGAAGAUAGUGAGAAUGCAAAAUCUGGUACCCCGAUAAAGAGAUAAAGAGUCCUGUUACAGAAAAUGGAACAAAGAGAAAGGGAGCAGCAAAUAUGCGCAACAGUGAGCAUGAACGGCAAGGAGAACAGAGCAUGAACGGGGAAGAAGAAGAAGGCGCAGGGGCUAGGGUUCGAUGUGGAAGUGAAAGGGAAGGUUAAAUAGCGGGUUCCAAAUGACAGCCCGACCAUUCAUCGGGUCUGAUAAAGUCGAAACCAACUUUUGAUGUCACCCGACUUUUUCGGAUUGGGUCUAAUCAGGUCGCUCGGGUUGAUCGGCCCAUCGGGCAUUUUGUACAGGCCUAGGGUGGGCCAAUCAAAAGACUCAGAUGAUCCCUUCGGUAGAUUAGUACGCAUAACUCCUGGUGUGGGCAGAUUUGUUGGCAGGAGUUACAGUCCAAGAUAAGGCUGUUGGUAAAUGCAGCUCUAGGAACUCCAUUAUUUGAAAUUUUUGUGGUCAAAAACACUGAUGAGACAUAUGUCAUGCAGGUAGUUCAAGUAACAUUGCAUUGUUUGAAUACCGUUAAAUGAUGAAUUAUCAUAUGGAGGAACUAUAUGUAGCAUCUGGACUUCAUUCUACCCUUUUCUGUUGUAUACUUGCAAAGAGCCAAAAGGAAAUUCAACAGAUUCCAGUUCACCAUCUAAGUUCACAAAAAAACCACCCUUCUUUUGUGCUGCAUUCCUGUGAGAACAGAGAAGCUUAGAUCAUGAUACUGGAGAAAGUAGCUUGUGUAGAGUCAAAGUGGCAGCUCUUGCAGCUCAAAGUGUCUCUGAGCUUAUGCCUCCUGAUAUUGCCAAGGCCUUUGGAGUGCUGACAAUGUUUCUUUAAAGGGGAAAUUAGAUUUAAACUAUUGCAUUUGAGAUGUGGGCAGUAUAUAUACUUUAUCACUCUUCUUCUUUUUUUACUUAUCAAAAAAUAAUUUCCUGUUUUGCUACUCAUAAAUAUGGGAUAGACUCAUUUUGAUGCUUUCUCAUUUUACUUAAACUUCCCCCCAUGGUCAUAAUUGAGGUUUUGAAAUCCAAAGUAAAUAGUGGAACUCCAUUAAUUUAAUUGAAAUUGCUACUCAAAACAUUUAAUUUAAUACGAAUUGCUGAUUUUUCUUUUUAGAGUUUUGAUAUUAUAUGUCAGUUUUUAAUAUUUAGAGCUGAAUAAUUUUUUUCCAGUAUUUAAAUUUUGGAUUGCAUCACCCUUUCUUGUUUGUUUCUCUCCAUUAAUUUUAGUUGCAACAAUAUGCCUUUUUUUGACAAAGAAAUAUGUUCCAACUCAAUUCUUAGGUUUCCAGAAACAUGCGUGAAAUUGUCGAGGUUGCUGCUAGUCCAGCACAGCAGAUUAUUUGAGUAUACAACUUUUAGUCGGAUUACCACUUCCAGAGGAGAUUUAGAUCCUUUUUCAGAGACAGUCAAGCUGAUUGGGGGAUCUAAACGUUCCUGCUGGCCAGUUUCGUGCUAAAAUUGGGAGAUGAAAUCGCUUGUCCAGCCAUGCAACGUACCCAAAUGAAUUAGGAGUGGUAAUUGUGUUUGAAAUUCCUCUCUCUCUCUCUCUCUCUCUCUCUCUCUGUCAAAGCCUCAACCAUGUAUUUGGUUAUUUGGAACAAGUAGGUCGGAGUAAAUCUGUUUCACAACUAUUACCCAUACCACUGUUAAUCUGCUUGUAAGAAAUCUGUGGCAUGCAUCAUUGCUCAUACCCUAAUUAUCGCUACCUCAAAUUUGGUCAACUUGGAACUUUUCAGACAUUAUUUUCUCCAUACCUUAACCAUUCAUUCUGGAAUGUCUUCUCUCUACAAGCCUGUUUACUAAUUACGUCUCAAAUUAUUAAGCCGUACUUUUCUUCAUGGUUUUUUUGUGGGCAGGGAAUCGGUCUGUAUGUCAAAGGCACAGAAGAUCUUGGUUUGAGCAAAGAAGACGGUUUUACCUUUUCUUGCAUUCCUUUUUUUUGUUUUUGGAAAAUUUUCUCAUUAAGACUUCUUUUGUUUUUGGCUUCUCUUUUGAGCUGUAUAUUAAUUUUGCUGACCAACCAAUUGGUUCUAGUGGAAGAUUUCUUCAGAAUGCUAAAAGUUGUGUGAGCAUUUGCCUAUUGUUAGCUAUGGAAAUCCCUUUUCUUUCAUUAUAAUUAUCAUUAAGUGGUCCAGCCAAAAUAGUAUAAAUUGAUCUUUUGUUGUGUAGCACAUAAUUACUUUAGUCACAAAUUCACAGCUGUGGUUGCAAGUCUAUAUGGAAAAGUAGAUUAUGGGAUAUCAUGUUAGUCCUUAAAAGUAAAGAGAAAAGUGUGUGUGGGGGGUUUUCUUUUUGGUAAUUGAAACAUAAAGGCAUUUCAGAGUUUUGUAGAGGAAGUGAUGCUUUACUUGUUCCUUUCAGGUAUAUCCUGGUGAGAUCUAUACUAUAGCGAGCUAGCAUUGUUGAAAGUAGUGUCUUUGUGGGCAAAAGUUGACACGUGGACUGAGUUCCACACGGAAAACGAGAAAAUGGUCCCUACGGCGGAGCAUAAAAGUUUGUUACAUCUUCCUUUUCCGAGUCACCAAACACAGCUCUUUUUCUGUGUCGUUGAAAACCCGGGAAAGCGAAAGAAAAUAAAAAUGGAAGCUCAUACCCAGAGCCCGCAGCAGCAAUACAAAGCAACCAUGAAGAAGUCGUCUUCUAGGAACUCCGAUUCGUCUUCGAGGAACAUGGAGUCGCCCCACUCGCCACUCCGCUUCCACUCACCGCAACUAUCCGAGCUCGGUGACCUGCCGGAGACCCCGCCUUACGUGUCACCGGAGAACUUCCCGGAUAAACCGACGGAAAAGUCCAAGGCGAUGGUUUCCUUUGACAGGUUCACGCAGUACUCGCCGCUACCGUCACCCUUGGGCGGCCAGAAACAGCAACAGCCGGAGAACGAGGGAAAGAACAGAAGUGUGCAGGCGGCGGAUUCUCCGUCUCCAGUGAUGGUGUUCAACCGAGCGAUGAGGGAGGAGCCACCGCCGUCGGUUUCGAGGUUGGGACCGGGCAGUGGGGGGCAUGGUAGGAGAUCGGGGACGGUAGCGUCGAUACCGCAGACGUCGAAGAGGGAGGAGAUACAGGAGAGGGCUGCGCUAGUAUUUCGGGUGAGCGAGAUUGUGCUCUGCUUGAUUUCCUUUUCGGUUAUGGCGGCCGAUAAAACCCAGGGUUGGAGCGGGGACUCCUUUGACCGCUACAAGGAAUACAGGUAUUGUUUAUCUGUGAAUGUCAUUGCAUGUGUAUAUUCCGGGUUUCAAGCAUCUGAUUUAACCUACCAUAUGUUCACUGGGAAACAUGCGAUCCGCCACCACUUACGCCGCCACUUUGAUUUCUUCAUGGAUCAGAUACUGGCAUAUCUUCUCAUAUCAUCAUCCUCGUCGGCAGCCACCCGGGUUGAUGAUUGGCAAUCAAACUGGGGUAAAGAUGAAUUCACAGAGAUGGCUAGCGCGUCUGUCGGGAUGGCCUUCCUGGCUUUUGCUGCCUUUGCCUUUAGUUCCCUCAUAUCUGGUUACAGCCUUUGCACCCGUCAAUUUACAUGAUCUUGGGAACCAUUCUCAUGUUUCUUAAUUUCAUCUCUAUGUUGUGGAUGAUUGAAGAGUAUAUUUUCAUGUUGUACAGAGAGAUAAUAGAGUCAAUAAAAAUAAAUAAAUAAUUAUAAAAAAUUUA